GCCUUGUUUUGGCAGCUGUGCUGUUGGGGUGUUGUGGGUGUAGGUUCCCUGUUAGAGUUCCUGAUUUCUGGCUCUUGCAGUCUUUCUGCUGCUUUUUCUUCAAUGUUCCCUGAGCCUUGGGUGCAAGAGUUGUGUUGUAAAUGUAUCUUUAGGGGUUGAACUCCCCACGGUCCGUUGAUCUCUCUUAUCAUGAUAGUUGUGCUUUUCUGUCUUUGCUGAUUCAGCAAACUGCAGGUGGAAAGUUCUCCGCCAAGAUCCAUGACCUCAAUAGCCCCUGGUAGUUCCGCUAUGUUUCUAGUGUCAGAGGUAGGAUGUAGCCUUUUAAUGGACAGGAAGCCCAUGGAGCUUCAAUGUAAAGACUCCAGGAGAGAUUGGAAGAGAUAGAAGCCAAGCCAGUGCCAGGCUGUAGAGAGUUCAUGCAUAACUUGGAGGGGACAAGACCAUAAACUAACGUUUUGCAUCCUGAUCCCAAGCUAUGGUGAAGAUGGGGUGGAGUGUCUUCCUGUGUGUUAGUUAGCAAGCUCAGAGUGCCACAUCUGUAGGAGGUUCUUUGCUUUGACUUAAGAAACCAAGGGCUUCUAACCUUAGACAUAGUGUUACCACGGAAACAAUACUCCUGUCUUAGCAUUUUUGACAGGACCUUUUGAGUCUUCAGGCUCUCUGAGGACGGUGGUUCCAGGCCAGUGUCUCAUCCUUGGUGCAGCUAAUGCAUGAUGCCUGGUGACUACGUGUAGAGAAUGUCCCAGAGUCUUCAGCUGAACCCUUCAGCCACAAGCAGCUUUGUUCACUCUACCUCCUGUCUGACAAUCAGAAUGUCUUCAGGAUUUUCCACCUAUCCCCUGGGAGUCAAGCCACCUUACAGGUUUAGAGCCAUAUCCUCGUCCACCAUCUGUCUUGAAGAGGAAGGACAGCUGGCUUUCUUGUGGCUUGGAGGUUUUACGAGGGAAACACAUGCACAUAGGUGCUGGGGAGCACUUGGCAGUUGGCCACAUUUGCCAGCUCUCAAACAUAGUUUGGUAGUUGCUACUGCAGAGCUUCUGUCUGCCCCUCCCCCCCCGAAGUCCUGUAACCCUAGCCCCCAAAGUGUCUGUAGGAGAACGUUAUAGGGUCAUGGAGUAGAGCCCUCAGUCUUAGGAUUAGUGUCCUCUUAAAGAAAGAAGAGCUGGCCUGGUAAUACUUACCUAUGAUCUUAGCAUUUGAAAGGUGGGAACAGGAAGGUCAGAAGUUCAAGGUUAUCCUAGGCAGCUUAGUGAGUGAGAGACCAGCCCGGGCCAUUUGAAAGAAAAGAAAGUCAGAUACUGGGUGGAAUCCUGCAGAAAUUGUAAGUGUUCUGCUGAGAUAGAAGAACAUCCUGGGACUGGGAAGUCCAGAAACCACACAUCUCUAGAGAAGGUAUCUCAAUGGAAGGGCAUCCUGGGACUCGAAGGCCCAGUGACCACACUACUUUGAGGGGAGAGAGUAUCCCAGUGGGAGGGCAUCCGGAGACACUGGAGCCCAGGAACCACAGCUCUGAGAGGAAGCCUCCUUGGCAGAGGCCUUGCAGCUCCCAGAGGAGGCAUCCCCAGGUGCUGGUAACUCAAACCUAGGUGGCCCCAUGGAGGCCCCAGCGCCCCAGCCAGUGAAGCAGGAGAACUUGACUGUUGAGGCCCUGACGCUCGACUCCCCGUGGCACCGCUUCCGCCACUUCCACCUGGGCGAUGCAGCAGGGCCACGUGAGGCCCUCGGGCUGCUCCGUGCCCUGUGCCGGGACUGGCUCCAACCGGAAGUGCACACGAAGGAGCAGAUGCUGGAGCUGCUGGUGCUGGAGCAGUUCCUGAGCGCCCUCCCUGCAGACACCCAGGCGUGGGUGUGCAGCCGCCGGCCCCAGAGCGGAGAGGAGGCUGUGGCGCUGCUGGAGGAGCUCUGGGGCCCAGCAAGCUCCCCAGAUCGGUCGUCAUCAAUGAGGGCACCUCGGGAUAUGACAGAAGGCCCGGGGGUCAGCGUUGGAAAGGAAGAGAGUGGGGCAAUCCCCUUAGGAACCGGGGCCUCCUCCGGGACAGAGGUACCUGCAACGGGGAACAGCGGGGCCAUGCGCCCGUACAAGCAGGAGCCAGGCAGCCCCCCACCAGCCCCACUGGCACCCGUCCUCCCUGCCUUCCUGGCGGCCCCAGGCACCGUGUCGUGCCCGGAGUGCGGCAAGUCUCCCUUGAAGCCGGCGCAUCUGCUGCGCCACCGGCAAAGCCACUCCGGCGAGAAGCCGCACGCGUGCCCUGAGUGCGGCAAGGCAUUCCGGCGCAAGGAGCACCUGCGGCGCCACCGUGGCACGCACCCUGGCAGCCCGGGGCCUGCAUUGCGCCCCCUGCCGGCGCGCGAGAAGCCACACGCGUGCUGCGAGUGUGGCAAGACCUUCUAUUGGCGUGAGCACCUGGUGCGCCACCGCAAAACACACUCUGGUGCGCGGCCUUUCGCCUGCUGGGAGUGUGGCAAGGGCUUUGGGAGGCGUGAGCAUGUGCUCCGUCACCAGCGUAUCCAUGGCCGGGCGGCUGCGGUAGUGCAAGGGACUUCAGCACCGGGUCCGGAGGGUGGUGGUGUCUUUCCGCCCUGGGCUCUGGGCUAGCUGUGGUUCCAAACACCUGCUGCAGGGCAUCAUCCCCUUAGAGUCCUCCCAACCCCAUGGCCUCUUCCCUUUCAGGCCCUAUAUCCACUCCUUCCUCCCUUCUGGAAUUCUCAGCUUUCACACACCCCUGCGAAAUACCCUUCUCUGCCUCCCUCAUUCCAUCCCCUUUUCACUGGAGGAGAGACUUGCUCUAGGACACCCUUCACCUGGGAAAAGGGACACAGGGAAGGAGCAGAGGCCCUACUCCUCCCUCUCCCAAGGAAGGUGAUCUUGAUAUUGAACCCCAGGACAGAGUCGGGGCCCAUGGAGAGAGGAGGUCCAGACCCAGAUCUGGUUCUCUCCACAGCCCAAAGGAAUGAGGUGGGGAGAGGUGCCCGAGAAAGUUUGUCAUAGAUGGCAGGUCACCAGCAUCUAAGAGAGUAAUAAAGUGACUGGCUCAGUGUGUACAGGAGUCUGUGACUCCGGUGAUGAGCAUCUGAGGCACAGGGGACUUGGGGGCUCCACCUCACACACUGCAGGAAGAAAGAGGAGGUCUGCCACCACAUACACUCCCAUCCAGGUUGUCCUAGCUGUAUAGUUUCAGGUAGGUGGACCCCUCCCUUUUCUGGGCAGUGGUUCCAGUUUCAUAAGUCAUGGUGCUUGUAAUGUCGCCCACCACCAUUGCCGAGUUAAUAGGUGAUUCCGGGCCACUCCUAGAUAACCAAGUGCUAGCCAGCAGGUCUGGGAAGCACAUUUUACCGAGAAGACUCUAUUCUGGACUUGGGAAGGCAAGGGUUGCCCCUUGGCCUCAAUUCUUAACAGUGACAGUCCGGGAGUUAUAGACCUAAUGUCUCUUUAGGAAGUAUUUCUUUGGGUAUGUAGUCUACCCCAAUCUGCUGUGGAGCAGGCUCUUUGGCUGGCUCAGUUCUUGGCCUGGCCCUGCUGGGUUUUCUGGGUACCUGCUUUGAGUCCCUGGUCCUGGCUUCCUCACCAGAACUCUAUAUAAUGGCUGCACAAAGUGGAGGGAGAUAGAGGGACCCCAAUGCUCAUUCUGUUUUUUGUCUUAAGAUGGGAACUUGCUGAAUCACGCCAAGCUGGUCUUGAGCUCAUUGUGUAACCAAGGUGAUCACAGAUUUCGGGUUCUCCUGUCUCCAUCUCCCCAGUUUGAGGAUCAUAAGUGUUGCACUAUGUCACCUGGCAUCUUAAAAGGCAUAUGCCACUAUGCCCAA